CCAAAUCAUGUCGCUCAAGCAGACCCUGGCGUGCUUCCCGCUGACGCAGCGCGGCGCAGGGACGCCGCUCAAGACGGAUGCCAAGCGCAACCUCCUCAUCUACGCCCGCGAGCGCACCGUCGUCAUCCGCGACAUCGUUCCGACCGGCGGCCAGCCCAUCCAGGUGCAGCUGUACACGCAGCACACGUGUACGGUGACGGCGGUGGCGAUGGCGCCAAACGGCUGCUGGAUGGCCACCGGCGACGAGCGCGGGGUGGUUCGCAUCUGGGCCUGCGACCACCCGGAUCAAAGGAUGAAGAAAGAGGAGCCGUACUACAUGCUCGGCGGGAAGGUGCUCGACCUGGCGUGGAACGGCGAAAGCAACCGGCUGGCCGUGGUUGGCGAGGGGCAGCCCCCGGCCAAGGUCAUCAUGUGGGACAGUGGCAACUCUGUCGGCGACAUGAGCGGGCACACGAAGAAGGUGAACGCGGUGGCCUUCCGCCAGUCGAGGCCCUUUCGGAUUGCGACCGCCGGAGAGGACAAGAUGGUGCGCUUCUACGAGGGCCCGCCCUUCAAGGCGUCCAAGGAGAGGCCGACGCUGACGAGCAAGGAGGGCGACCUCACCACGCACACCAACUUUGCGAACACGGUGCGGUACUCGCCGGACGACUCGAAGGUCCUCUCCGCGUCCAACGACAUGACCGUCGCACUCUUCGACGGCAAGGACGGCGCGCCGCUCAAGGCGGCGAAGGUGCACGCGGGGGCCAUCUACGCGGCGGAGUGGUCGCCCGACGGCAAGUGCAUCGCCACCGCCUCGGGCGACAAGAGCGUCAAGAUCCUCGACGACGGCCUGGCCACGAAGAAAGAGGUCAAGCUCUGCGCCGGCGCGAAGCCGGACGCGGGGGACAUGCAGGUGGGAUGCGUGUGGGCGACGGCGGGGGUCGUCUCGUACUCUCUCGGCAGCGACCUCUCCAUCAUCGACCCGGAGAGCGG